AUGAGAAUCGAGAAGUGCUAUUUUUGUGGUGCCAAUGUCUAUCCUGGUCAUGGCACCAUGUUUGUUCGAAACGAUGCCAAGACGUUUCGUUUCUGUCGAUCAAAAUGCCACAAGAACUUCAAGAUGAAACGCAAUCCCCGUAAAGUUCGAUGGACCAAGGCAUUCCGCAAGGCUGCUGGUAAAGAGAUGGCGAUUGACUCGACGCUGGAAUUCGAGAAACGUCGAAACGUUCCUGUGAAGUACGACCGAGAGCUGGUCCAGACGACCAUCAGCGCGAUCGACCGAGUAGCAGCGAUCAAAGCCAAGCGGGAGAAGGCAUUCUACUCAGCACGCAUGGCCGCCGCAGCGCCGGUUGUUCGCAAGAGCAUGGCCGUCGAGGUGGUCAAGGACCGCCAUGUGCUUGGCUUGAGGGACGACGAAGUGACACAGAAGGCGGUCGCGGCGGCAGAGAGCCGUCUGGCAGUGAUCGCCGCCCGGGAAGCGGAGACGAAAGCGGGCAGAACGCCGAAGAAGACCCCGACUGAAGACCUCGAGAUGGAUCCGGUCGCCGAGGAAGACGACCAUCCGGACGUCGAUCUCGCUCAUGCCAUCUCCAAGGCGCUCGUCUCAGCCCCUCUCGCCUCUCGGGCGCACCCCGAGAAGGCUAAGACGAAAAUCAAAGUCAAGUCUCAAGUCGCGCGAAAAUCCGCCCUGGUUCCCGCCACUCAAAGCAUGGAUCUGGACUAG